UGAAAUCCUUGUAAGAAGGAGAAAAAAGGAGAGAGAGAGAGAGAGAGAGAGAGAGUUUCAAAAAAGUUUGUAGAGAGAGAAGAGAAAAUUAAAACAGAUGAUUACUAUUACUACUUCUACUACUACUACGCUUGUUGGACUUCUGUGGACAUUUUCUGGUCAGUCCCACACCCAACUCUCUCUUUCCGAUCCUAACUUAGAUGUAAAAGCAUAUAGUGGAAGAAAUCAAAGGUGGCCGAAAAGUUAGAAUCCGAGGCAAUCCGGUUGCCGUAUAGUGUUCUUUUAGACAUCAAAAGAUAGUUCUUUUUUGAAGAGCGCUUUGGAAUUAUGCUUAUAGUUACGUUUUGAACCCAAAACGCCAACAGUGUUCUGUAAAAGAUUGGGGAUAAAAAGAAAGAGAGGGAAGGGUUCCUUUUUGGGGUUGGCCUAUUUUAAUAUAUAGUGCUCUUAUAGUCUCUCUCACACAGCAGCAAUAAAAUAAAUAUUUAAGAGGAAAAAAAAAGGAAAAAAAGAAAGACUUUGAAGGCUUUUGGCUUUAGUAUGCGACUUGGAUUCAAUAAAGGGACGGAGCGUCUAAGAAAGAGAGUGAAGUGAAUAAAACAAUGCAGCAGCAUAUCAAGAAGAAGUCUGGUAAUGAAGAUUCCAAGAAGAAGGAGCGCCACAUCGUUACGUGGACUCAAGAGGAGGAUGAUAUACUUCGUGAGCAAAUCAGUAUCCAUGGAACAGAGAAUUGGGCAAUCAUAGCAUCCAAGUUCAAGGACAAAACAACCAGACAGUGCAGAAGAAGAUGGUACACAUAUUUGAAUUCUGACUUCAAGAAAGGAGGAUGGUCACCAGAGGAAGACAUGCUCUUAUGUGAGGCUCAGAAGAUUUUUGGUAACAGAUGGACAGAAAUAGCAAAGGUUGUUUCAGGCAGGACUGACAAUGCUGUGAAAAACCGUUUCUCCACCUUGUGCAAGAAGAGAGCAAAAUACGAAGCCUUAGCAAAAGAAAACACAACUUCGCUUAUUAAUUCCAACAACAAAAGGAUUAUAAUCCAAAAUGGAUUUGGUACAGAUGGUAUUUCAGAAACUACAGGAUCUGCAAAGAAGAUAAGGAGGACUCACAACUCUGACUACACGGAAAAGUGCAACUUGACUGACAGAUUGCAUAAGCCAUGCGGAGGGAUGAUGAAUCAGCAAUUAAGAGCUCCAUUUGCAGUAUUAGUUCAGAAUGUUCACAAUGUAAACAACUUGCCAGCCCAACAUCAUGUCAAUGACACCAAGGAUGUUUCUACUGAUGGAGUACAGAGUAACAAGGAUCAAGGAUCAUUUCUCAAAAAGGAUGAUCCGAAGAUUAAUGCUUUGAUACAACAAGCAGAAUUGCUCAGCUCACUGGCACUGAAAGUUAACUCAGAAAACACAGAUCAGAGUCUGGAAAAUGCUUGGAAGGUUCUCCAGGAUUUCCUCAACAAUAGCAAAGAAAGUGACGCUUGCAAAUAUAGAAUCAGUGAUUUUGAUUUUGAGCUUGAAGACUUCAAGGAUUUGUUGGAAGACUUAAGGAGUAGUAACGAAGAAAGUCGACCAUCUUGGAGGCAGCCAGAUCUAUAUGAUGAGUCUCCAGGAAGCUCUGAAUACAGCACAGGAUCAACACUUGUGUCUCAUACAGCGGUUGAUAGAGCAGAACAAAUGCAAGCUGAAAUUGGUGCAGCACACCAGGAUGUCGGACAAACAUUUCAUAUUGGAGACAAAAAUGGUCUUGGUGAAUGUGACAAAGGGAUACUUUCUGGUGGAACUGGUAGUCAAGCAGAGAUAUUCCCUUCCUGCGAUGAAGGAUCAAACACGGACCAAGUGAUUUCUGCAUUGUCAAGUACUGAGUUCAGUUCUCCAAUUCAAGUUACACCACUGUUCAGAUCCUUGGCAGCAGGAAUCCCCAGCCCAAAAUUUUCUGAAAGUGAGAGGAACUUCUUGCUUAAAACACUUGGAAUGGAGUCCCCAAGCCCAAUCACCAAUCCUUCACAGCCACCAUCCUGCAAAAGAGCCCUGCUCCAUAGUCUCUAACCAACCUUCCUGAUUUACCUCACAUACAACAGUUCUACUUUCCUUCUUGUUUGAAUUCCUUCUCUCAGGAAUUGCAGCAAUUUCGGCCCAAAAUUUUACAGAGGCAUGUUUAGAUCUGCAUUCCAAAACAUCAAGAUCUAGAAUGCUAUGGCGCAUUCUAGCGACUUAGGACACAUCUAACAAGGUGUUACUGUGUUCUUUCUUACCCUAAAGAGUUUACUACUACCCCAGACUCCAGAGUAACUACUUGGUACUCACAUUUAAAGUUUGUGUGCUCGGUGUGUCAUUCUUUUUUUUUGUCUUCUCGUGCAAUAUGGUUCCUGGUGUUCCAUUUUUUUGACCUUGAUUUGUCAGUUGUACAGAACCUGCUGUGUAUUCCAUAGUUAUGCAGAGUGUAAGUAUACAUCGGCAUCUCGCCUAUAUCCCAGCUAGAUUAUAUGAUGAAAAUAAACAGAAAAAGGAGAGCAAAAAAAAAAAAAAAAAAAAAAAGUAAAAAUGAUAACCUGUUGAAACAUAUCCUUAUUUUAUUUUUUUGUUUUUGGGUGUGCAAAAGGUAUAGAAUAAGAUUUUUUCUUUCUUUUCUUCUUGAUUUUUCUUGCUGAUUCCUGAUGUAAUGGUACAUAAUAUGAUUGGAGUGAAAAUGUGUUUUGGUUUUGGUGUGCA